AUGUGCCACAUUACACAAGGUCCAGGUCUACAGCCCCGGGACAAUCCUAUUACCUGGUCAUCAUUGAACUCAAGAGGAGGCCAACCGUGGAGUGGCACCAAGACUAGGUUGAGGUUUUUGCCAUCAGUAGAGCUGGAGUCACGCAAGGCUGCUGUUGAUUAUCACACUUUGUUACCUUUUCUCCAGGAGAUUGGACCAUCCUCUCCCACUGUUGACACUGGGCUCUGUGAGAAACCGACAGAUGAAACUCGUGGAUCUGAUGGGGAACCCUCCCUGGCUGCAGAGGUGCAUCCCAUCCAACCCUGCAAUGGCGGAUCUUCUCCACCUGCCGAGACCCCUCCCAGCUCUUCCUCUGAUGAGCCGAAAUCUGCCACUGACAGGAUCACUGAUGGGAAGGAGAUAGAGAGAUUGGUGGAGGACAAGGCUGAAGGGAGCGACUGCCCAGAGACACAGCCGACAGUGAAGCAGUCCACCCGCAAACGGAAGAGACCAGACCAAGGUAACAUGUUUUCGAAGAGACAGAAGACGGCUUUGUUUUCACCAAUGGAGAUUGAGUUGCAAUGUUUGGUACGGAUGUUCGGCGCCUUGAGUUCGUAGGCCUCAACUUUUACCUUUGUGACCCAGCACUUGACCUAAGACGUCUGACGUACGCUGUAUGCGGUUUUGGGUUGGUGUUUUCCAUCAUAUUCUUCUCCAGGUUGUCACACAGGUAGGUGGUACUACACAUUUCUGUAUAUAUAUACAUAAAGAAUUACUGUAAAUACUAUUGAUUAACUUUUGUUCACAUUUUCCUUUCU